UCAUACUGAAAACUUUUUACACAGUCAGGUGAGUAAAUUCUUUCAAAGUGAACCCAAAACACUGACUAAUCAGUAAAUAGGGGGAAAAGAGCCUUUGUGUAAAAUUGUCAAACAUUGGCAAAAUCAUUUAAAUAAGCUCUGGCUGUAAACAAACCUUUAACGAGAACGGGACGGGCUCCCUGUGAGCCAUAAAUGAAAGAGUAAGCACUCAGACUGAUUAAGGUCUGGUGGAGAUAUUCUAACACACUGGCACUUGUGUGGUUGGUUUUGAAGUGACAUUAGUUCCACCUGUACUUUCACUACUGUGACAAGUCAAUAGGUCUGUUGGGAAAAAGCAAGAGUUUAUUUUGUGGGUUUUCCUUGCCCACAGUUUGUGAUGCCCACUUACUGGACAGAGGCUUUGCAAUGAGAAGUUAUUUACAAAGAAAAUUAAAUAUAUCUGUUGAUUUCCAGUAAUCAUAGAGAUGAUGUCAGUGUGCUGGAGGUUUUGAGCAUUAUCGAAUUGUACUUUGUUCAACAAGCUUGACAAACAAAGGUUUCCUCUCUUUUGCUCUGUGAAGUCACAGCUGACAUGAUCAAGCCAACAUUCAAUGAAAAAAAAUGUUACAUUUAUUUACAUACAAAGUCCACUUUUAGGAUUAUGGUAAAUGCUUCGAUAAUCUUUGCUUGCGCAGGAGUGUUGGGAACUGAUGAACAGAAUCAAACUUUUGGGAUGAUAUCUCUUCAUUCCCGCUCUGUUUACAUGACCCUGUUUGUUUAUUCAUGCAGUCUGCUUCUUCAAUCAUUCACCAACAGCACCUGUAGGAGGUGUGGUCCUGUGGCUCUGCAGUAUGUGAGGUGGAGGAUGAGGGGACAUGUGGGGCAGUAAGCUCCUCAUUCACGCCUCUUUUCCCCUCGUUAUAAAACUCUCAGAUUAACAGAUGACAGUUAUACAGCAGGUUUCUGGUAACAGAAUGAAGAUCAUCAUGUUUCUCCCACUUUUGCUUCUGGUCUGCUCUGUUUCAGCAGAUCAGACUGAGACUGCAGGCCAACAAUCCUGUCCACAGGACACCCAUGCUGCGCUGAGAGAGCUGACCAUCUCACUGGCUUUGCAGACAGAGCGGAUCACUGUCCUACAGAGAGAGCAAGAAAAAGCAGUAAAGCUGAAGCGACAGAAGACUGAGAUCAACCAGUUGAAGCGACAGUCAAAAGAACUAGAAGCAAAGCUGGAGAGUCAGAAAAUGGAGAUCAACCAGCUGAAGCAGCUGUCAGAAGGACAAGCACGAAAGUUGGAGACUGAACUGCAGAACCAGAGGACUGAGGCCAACCAGAAGAACCAGCAGCAACAUGUCAAACAGGUGGCUUUCUCAGCCUCUCUGCUGGAUCAAGGUGAAGGAUAUACUGGACCCUCUAACACUCAGAGUACUCUGAUCUUCAAACAUGUUGUCACAAAUAUUGGAAAUGCCUACAACAAACACACAGGUAUUUUCACUGCACCAGUGAGAGGAGCCUACCACUUUGACUGGAGAGUAUAUGGAGAUUACCAUACAGCAGCAGGUGCUUAUCUAUUUAGGAAUGAAGAGAAGAUUUUUCUUGCAUAUGAAACUCAAUCACAUGGGUGGACAAGCGCCUCUGAUGGAGCCUCACUGCUUCUAGAGGUUGGAGAUCAGGUGUCUGUACGUCUCUGGGCCUUUGCAAAGGUAUAUGACAGUGAAAACCAUCUUACAACCUUCAGUGGUCAUCUGAUUUUCACCAUGUGAGAGGUGUGACAGCUCCAACACUUCUUUUUUGGACUGUCCUGUGUGGGCAGAGCUUAAACAUUUUUAGAAGUAAAAGAGGAAGUAAAUCACCUGCUGGAAUCAGUUGCUUGCUCUCUCUGUCUUUCUGGUUGGUUCUAGUUUAGUGUUUAUUUGUUUCUACUUCUCCUCUGAUUCUACUGACUCAGAUAAUUUACUUUUUCUUCUUAUCUUUGAUUCAAAUAAAUCCAGUUAAAUGCUCAGUGAAUCUCAGUCGCUUUGGUUCUUUUCUCAGAUCAGAAUGAAAAUUCUCAAAACCAUUAGUGCAACCUCCACAACAUCUAGUCAUUUGUCCCUGAGAUUGAGAGGGGUGGAGGCCAACUCAACAAGUAUGUUGUUGUGUGGGAUAAUGUCCAUUGUCACCACUCACAUCUGGUCAGACAGUGGUUUGGUGGAAGGUCUAUGACCGGCAUUCACAUGCGCAAAUGGCCCUGCUAGCAGCCAUGGAUGUAGCAUGUGAUGACAUCACAGCAGAGUCAUGCAGAGGGUGAAUUCACCACUCCAGGAGAUACUUUUCUCGCUGCAUUGCAAGGGAUGAUAUCUCUUGUGAUGUAGAUGAAAAUAUGUGGCCAGACAGACAGGAAUGUCUGGAUGUGCCAGAAUGAUUUACAUAUGUUCAGUUACAAUAUGUACUGUUGUACUGUUCACAUUUGUGCACAGCUCUACCAAAAGGCUGUUUCUUAUGUUUAUUCUAAAUAAGUGACUGUAGAGUACUUUUCUUUUGCACAAUAUUGUAGAAUUACAAACAGCCUUCACAUUAAAAGCACUGCCCUAACUACAGGAAUGUCUAACUUGACUGUAGAUUUUACUGUAAAUGACUGUACAAAAAGUGUAUAGGGCUGUCUUGCGCAUUUUCAGGUAGUGUGGCCGAGUUCUGACCUUUUUUUGCAUUGGAAAACACUGAGAGAAUGUUGUGAACUGUCAUAAUGAAAACAUGACAAAGCCAUUUGACUAUCGUGUUCAUCAAGAUGGCGUCAAAACUUCUCAUUUUGAUGACACUGGCAGUUUCAUUGACAUGAUUACUUGCUUUUGAGGAAUGGAUUAUCGAUUUUGAGCAAGUGACCUAUCCACUAGGUUUUGCAGUUUGCACCAAUUGUUUUGAGAAAUACACUAACUGCUAUGCAAAUGUUAAUAGUGACGUGAGAAAAGCACCAAAGCGACUGAGAAAAACUGUAAAUGCUCAGUGAUUCUCUUCUCUUUGUCCUUUCUUUGAGUCGGCUCUUCAUAAAGUGCUGCUCCUCCAUCAGGUCAUGACUAUUUUCUAUAAGUUGAUAAACUCCAUUAUUCUUUAUUGGCUCCACUGUCCUGUGUUGGUCAGUCUGUUAUUUUGGUGACUGCUGGCCCACAUGUUUGCUUUUAACUGGAGUCUUUCCUGUUAAGUUGAGCAAAAUCCAACAGUUCAUCUUUUUUCUCUUCUCUGAUAAUCA